GUCGUCCAUUUCGCAUUCAAACCCUUCUCCGUCAUAUUAUCUCAUCAAGGGUUUAGAGCUCACUGUGCAAACCCUCUAAACCCUAGCACCAUGAAUACUCUGAAUCCCGCCGCUGCUAAGCUUAUCUCCCGCCGUCCGCCGCUCGUCCCAUCGCUCAAUUCCAGCCGUCCAUCUUCCUUCAAACCCCUCUCCCCCCUGUCACUGAGAUUUCCGCCGCCGCCGCUCCGUCGCUUGUCGCUCUCCCCGAGAGCUUAUCUGCAUGAGCCGAACCGUAAAACCGACAACAGAGAGCAGAAAGCUUCCGGAAUUUCAUUUUUGGCCCCUCUGAGAACCGCCGUCGUGACCUCCAUCACCGCCGCCGCGCUUCUCCUCACCGGAUUUUAUUUUUCCGGCCAACGCGCCAUCGCCAGCCCAAUUUCACCCCCUCUCACCGAAACCGAAUCCACCGAAACUGAAACCACAGAAACCAAUAAGGAUUCAAUUAUGGAUGAAGAAAGGGAGCGUCUGCUCGAAGAGGAACUGCUUUCCAAUCCCGACAAUGUUGACGUACUGAAGAAUCUGAUGGAAGCUAAAAUCAAGAGCAGAAAGCUUCCGGAAGCAAUUGAGAUCAUGGACAAGCUGAUCGAACUCGAGCCUGAUGAAGUGGAGUGGCCAAUGAUGAAAGCCCAUUUAUACGCUUACGAUGGCAAUUUUGAGUCUGCCAAAAACGGGUUCAACGAGCUUCUCGAGAAAGACCCUGCCCGUGUGGAGGCCUAUCAUGGAUUGGUUACCGUGGCAUCUCAAGAAGAAUCCAGCGAAGAUUUGGUCAAUAUCGAAACUAGGGUUGAGGAAGCAAUGAAAUUGUGCAAGGAGGAGAAUAAGGGUAGUGAUUUGAGGGAUUUCAAGCUGUUGAUUGCUCAAAUUAAGGUUCUCGAUGGGAAUUACGAGGAUGCGUUGAUUGUUUAUCAGGAUUUGGUUAAGGAGGAGCCGAGAGAUUUUAGGCCGUAUUUGUGUCAGGGAAUUAUUUAUACUUUGUUGAAGAAAAACGGAGAGGCGGAGAAGAAUUUCGAAAAGUACAGGAGAUUGGUUCCAAAGGGGCACCCUUACGCGAGCUACUUCGAUGAUAAUAUGAUUGCUACUAAACUAUUCGCGCAGAAGGUGGAGAACGAGAGAGCUAUGUCGAAGAAUUAGGGCAUCCGUCUUAAUGAAGGUUCGUGUUUUGUUUUUCUACUGAUAUUUAGGCAUGUUUUAAUGAUUUCUGCAAUGUAGUUAAUAAUGGAUGGAUUUUUAUAAAUUUAUUUUUUUGGGGGAGAAAGGAUUACUUGGUUUUUUGAUAUCA